UUUCAUCCGGUACACGCGGUCGAGGUCCGUCGUGACAAACGUUCCGUAGUGAAAAAUUAAAUCCUAGAUUUUCAAAGGAAAUUUACCGGAUUUCGUAAUAACGUGUAUGGUGUGAAAUUAACUGUAUACGUGCGAAAACAUGGCGCGAUACGGGCAGAGACCUGAAAAUGCUCUGAAGAGAGCAAACGAAUUCAUCGAAGUAGGAAAGCCAGCUAGGGCAUUAGAUACCUUGCAAGAAGUCUUCCGCAAUAAAAAAUGGACGUACAACUGGUCAGAGUCUGUAUUAGAACCUAUAAUGUUCAAAUACUUAGACCUAUGUGUGGAACUGAAGAAGUCGCAUAUAGCAAAGGAGGGUCUUUUUCAAUAUCGAAAUAUGUUCCAAUCAGUAAAUGUUGGAAGUUUAGAAAAUGUUAUACGUGGAUAUUUACGCAUGGCAGAAGAGAAAACAAAUCAAGCAAGGAAACAGAGUCAACAAGCCGUUAUAGAUAUAGAUGAUCUUGAUAAUUUAGCCACACCUGAAAGCAUUCUUUUAUCAGCAGUCAGUGGAGAAGAUGCACAGGACAGAAGUGACCGUACUAUCUUAACACCAUGGGUGAAAUUUUUGUGGGAAUCAUAUUGCCAGUGUUUAGAAUUACUAAGAACUAAUGCUCAUGUUGAAACACUAUAUCAUGAUAUUGCACGUAUGGCCUUCCAGUUUUGUCUUGAAUAUAAUCGUAAAACUGAAUUUCGUAAAUUAUGCGAAAAAUUGCGAAAACACUUAGAGGAAAUUUGUAAAUUACCGGCACUCGUCUCGAAUGUUUCCAUGAACAGAGCUGAGACACAGCAAUUGAACUUAGAAACGCGGCUGAAUCAACUUGAUUCGGCAAUUCAAAUGGAACUGUGGCAAGAAGCGUUCAAGUCCUCCGAAGAUGUGCACGGAAUGAUGAAUUUAUCAAAGAAGCCACCAGUACCAAAAACUAUGGCCAAUUAUUACCAGAAAUUGGUCAUGGUUUUUUGGAAGGCAGGAAACUAUCUUUUCCAUGCUGCAGCGUUGUUUAAAUUGCUGCAGCUGUCCCGUGAAAUGAAAAAGAACAUGUCUAUGGAGGAGCAACAGAGAAUGGCCAAUCGCGUCUUAUUGGCCACACUGUCUAUUCCAUUGCCAUCAGCUCAUCCUGAAUUUGAUCGUUUUAUCGAAACGGACAAGAGUCCAUUAGAAAAAGCUCAGAAGCUCGCGACGCUUUUAAAACUCACUCAACCGCCAACAAGAGUUUCUCUGCUUAAAGAUAUCGUUCGCUUGAACAUUGUUAAUUUAGCGUCUCCACAGUUACAAGAAUUGUACUCAUGGCUGGAGGUUGAAUUUCAUCCCCUGGAACUCUGUAGUCGUGUAGAUUCUGUCAUUCAAACGUUACAGGCUGAUGAAAACAGUCCAUUGGUUCAGUACAUUCCAGCCUUACAAGACGUAACUCUCGUACGUCUAGUUCAUCAAAUAUCACAGGUUUAUCAGACCAUACAAUUCGCUAGACUUUUGGAACUCGCCAAAUUCACGACAGACUUCCAUUUAGAGCGUUUGUUGGUGGAUUGUGUACGAUACAACGACAUGCAAAUCAGAAUUAACCACGGAAAGAAAUGCGUGCACUUCGGAGUUGAUCUUUCAGAAGCUCAAAGAGAAGACCAUCCAGAUGGUCCAGUGUUACAAGCAAUGCCUUCUGAACAGAUUCGUUGUCAACUUGUAAAUAUGGCCACCGUAUUGCACCGCUCGAUCUAUAUCAUUAAUCCACACAAGAAGAAAACGGAGCGUGAGAAGUUACGCAACGCCUUGGUAGGCCAUUACCAUGAGACCAAAACGAAGGAACAUCAAAGAAUCUUAGGAAGACACAAAAUCAUAGAGGAAAGAAAAGAAUACAUUGAGCACAUCAACACAGUCCGCGAGGAAGAGGAAAUGAGAAGACUGGAAGAGCUGCAGAGACAGCAAAUGUUGGCUGAACAAAAGAGACUGGAACAUGAAAGAGAGGAGCGUGAGAGGAAACGACAGCAGAGUGAGAUCCAACAAAUCAAGGAUCGUCAUCUGAAAGAGAAGAUGCAACAGAUCUCUCAAACUAGUCACGGUCAGAAGGUACUGAAAAAAUUGGACGAGGAUGAAAUCAAGAAGUUAGACGCGGAACAAAUUGCAGCCCGCGAGGCUGAAGAAUUACAGAAAGAACGUAGGGAGAUGCAACAGAAAUUGAAGUCACAAGAGAAAAAGAUCGAUUACCUAGAACGUGCUAAACGUUUGGAGGAGAUACCACUGUUGGAAAAAGCAGUAGAGGAAAAAAUGGAGUUGGCGAAGCAGCGUUGGGAGCAACAGGAGGCAGAACGAAUCGCUGCAGCCAUCGAGGAGAGACAGCAGGCUGUCGCAACUCGUGAAAGUAUGGCGAGAAUGAAGGAGGAUCAUGAUAUCUUCUUGGCAAAGAUUCUGGCCGAGCGUAAGAGUAUUUAUUUGGAGAAACUGAAAGAAUUCGAGAAGGUGUUGAACGAGGAGCGAGUUAGUAGAUUAUUGAAACGGAAGAUGGAGCGUAAGGCUGAACGCAAAGCUAAAUGGGAGAAAGAACGAACAGAAGCUCUUGAGAGAAGGCGUUUGGAGGAAUUGCGUAUUAAACAGGAGGAGGAAAAACGACGUAUCGAGGAGGAAAGGACAAAGAGGGAAGAAGAAGAGAGAUUAAAGCGUGCAGAAGAGGAGGCGAAAGAGGCCGAGCGUUUGGCCAAGAUUGAAAAACAAGCAGAGAUUACUAGGGCUAGAGAAGCUGAGAUAGAAAGGAAACUAGAGGAGGAAAGACAAAGAGACAAGGAGAUAUCAGAUACAUGGAGACGCGGUGGAGAUAGUCAUAUGCAAAUGUCUUGGCGCCGUAAUAUGGACAUAAAAGAAGAAGGUAGUAAUAAAGAAGAUGCGUCGCGUUGGAAAAGGCGCGACACGGAUAAAUGGCGAAAGGACGACGAUAAAGAAAAAAAGAAAGAUACCAUCGAAAGAUGGAGAAAAGAGGACUUCGAUAAAGAGGAUGUGAGGGAUAGAGAUAGAAUAGUAGAGAGAGAGAGGGAUCGUGGAGUGGAUGGACGUCCUCCAAUACGUGAUAUUCCUCGCGAUCCGUUAUCAGAUGGACCACGUACUCGUGGUAGAAUGUCUGAUCGUCGUGUUGGUGGUCAUCGUCGCGACGACAUUAUGCAGCAUAAUACUGGUAGUCAAAAUUGGCGCGACAAGAGUGAGACAUUACAGAAUUCUCCUCGAGAGUUACUGAGACGUGAGGAAAAACGAGACGAACCUAAAGAUGAUAGACUUCUACCUAAACACGACGAGAGAAGACGACCACCAGAAGACGACGGAUGGUCACAGGUGAGCAGGCUAUCAUUAAUACAAACCAGAAGAAAAUGGAGCAUGAGAAGUUACCAUGAGAUCAAGAUGAAGGAACAUCAAAGAAUCCUAGGAAGAUUCAAGAUUGUAGAGGAAAGAAAGAAAUAUAUCGAGCACAUUAGCACAGUCUGUGGGGAAAAGGAAAUGAGGAGGCUGGAAGAGCUGCUGAGACCACAAAUGUUAGCUGAACAGAAGAGACUGGAACAUGAAAGAGAGGAGCGUGAGAGGAAACGGCAGCAGAGUGAGAUCCAACAAAUCAAGGAACGUUAUCUGAAAGAGAAGAUGCAACAGAUCUCUAAAAUUAGUCACGGCCAGAAGGUACUGAAAAAACUGGAUGAGGAUGAAAUCAAGAAGUUGGACGUGGAACAAAUUACAGCCCGCGAGGCUGAAGAAAUACCAAAAGCACGCAGGGAUAUGCAACAGAAAUUGAAGUCACAAGAGAAAAAGAUCCAUUAUCUAGAACAUGCUAAACGUUUAGAGGAGAUACCACUGUUGGAAAAAGCAGUGAAGGAAAAAAUGGAGCUGGCGAAGCAGCGCUGGGUGCAAUGGGAGACCAAACGAGUCGCUGCAGCCGUCGAGGAGAGACAGCAGGCUGUCGCAACCCAUGAAAGCAUGGCGAGAAUGAAGGAGGACCAUGAUAUUAUCUUGGCGAAGAUUCUGGCCGAGAGUAAGAGUAUUUAUUUGGAGAAAUUGAAAGAAUUCGAGAAGGUGUUGAACGAGGAGCGAGCUAGCAGAUUAUUGAAACGGAAGGUGGAGCGUAAGGCUGAACGCAAAGCUAAAUGGGAGAAAGAACGAACAGAAGUUCUUGAGGGAAGGCGUUUGGAGGAAUUGCGUAUUAAACGGGGGAAGGAGAAACGACGUAUCGAGGAGGAAAGGACAAAGACGGAAGAAGAAGAGAGAUUAAAGCGUGCAGAAGAGGAGGCGAAAGGGGCCGAGCGUUUGGCCAAGAUAGAAAAACAAGCGAAGAUUACUAGGGCUAGAGAAGCUGAGAUAGAAAGGAAACUAGAGGAGAGAAGACAAAGAGACAAGGAGAUAGAUACAUGGAGACGCGGUGGAGAUAGUCAUAUGCAAAUGUCUUGGCGCCGUAAUAUUGACAUAAAAGUAGAAGGUGGUAAAGAAGAUGCGACGCGUUGGAAAAGACGCGACACGGAUAAAUGGCGAAAGUACGACCAUAAAGGAAGAAAGAAAGAUACCAUUGAAAGAUGGAGACAAGACGACAAUAAAGAAAGAAAGAAAGAUACCCUUGAAAAAUGGAGAAAAGACGACUACGACAAAGACGAUGUGAGGGACAGAGAUAGAAUAGUAGAUAAAGAUCGUGGAAUGGAUGAACGUCCUCCAAUGCGCCAUAUUCCACGUGAUCCGUUACCAGAUGGGCUCCGAAGUCGUGGUAGAAUGUCUGAUUGGCAGGGUGGUCAUCGUCGCGGCGGCAUGAUGCAUAACACUGGUAGUCAAAAUUGGCGCGAAAAGAAUGAGGUAUUACAGAAUGCUCCUCGAGAGUUAUUGAGACGUGAGGAAAAGUAAGUUCAUAG